AUCUCCGUCUCCGUCCGAAGACGUCAAAUUCGAAAAUACAGUUAAGUCGAAGCGUUUAAAACCCUAAAUCCCCAAAUCGGAGAUUGAGAUUUCGAUUUCGAUUCGAUUCCGCAGAUGUCGUCUUCAUCUCCGAGUGGAAGCGGUGGCGAUUUGACAGAGAGAAGAGGGAUUCCUGCCGCUAAGUUCAUCCAAGAUGUCGAGACUUAUCUCUCUCAGUCUGGCCUCGAUCCUAACUCUGCUCUCGCCUUUCAUCAAGAAAGGCUUCAGCAAUAUAAAGUUGUUGAGAUGAAGCUUCUUGCUCAGCAAAGGGAUCUUCAGGCUAAAAUCCCUGAUAUUGAAAAGUGUUUAGAGGUUGUUGCCACUUUGCAAGCAAGGAAGGGUACUGGUGAGGCGCUUUUAGCCGAUUUUGAGGUCUCUGAAGGAAUAUAUUCACGGGCCUGCAUUGAAGACUCAGACUCAGUGUGUUUGUGGUUGGGAGCUAAUGUCAUGCUGGAAUAUUCCUGUGAAGAGGCUACAGCUCUUCUGAAAAACAAUCUGGAAAAUGCUAAAGCCAGCCUAGAGGUUCUUGUAGCUGAUUUACAAUUCUUGAGGGAUCAAGUCACAGUUACUCAGGUAACUAUUGCACGUGUUUAUAACUGGGAUGUUCAUCAAAGGAGGGUUAAACAGGUUGCCCCUACUGCUAUUGCUGCUGCAGACUCAUGAACCACAUAUCCAAGUUGUAAUCGUGUGGGAAUUUUAAACAAGGUAAUAUGAUUAUUGGGACACCUUUUGCUCCAACCGGUUGUUUGUAACUCUUAAGCUUCGCUAUCUUGCUGAAAUUUUGUUGCUGCGAACAAACGCGUAUGAGUAGAACAUUAGCAUAUUGUUAUCGUCGAGUUUUGAGAACAGCUUGUGUGUUUUCCGCGAUUGAAGGUACCUACUUGUUUAAGGAUGUGAUAGAUAAAUCAAACUAUAUUGCAGAA